AUGGCGAGCGUCCAGCCCGCCGCCGCAGGCCAGGCGACCUCGGGUUCGCACCCGUACACGUGCAACUCUUGUCAGGUCGCCUAUCGCAAUAUCGAUCUUCAGAAGACGCACAUGAAGAGCGACUGGCAUCGGUAUAACCUGAAGCGACGAGUUGCCUCUCUACCUCCCAUCACCGCCGAAGUCUUCACCGAAAAGGUUCUCAAGGCCCGUGCUGAUACCACCGCCGAAGCCGACAAGGCGCUGUUCGAGCGUGCCUGUGAGCCAUGCGGAAAGACGUACUACAGCGAAAAUGCCUACCGAAACCACCUGUUAAGCCAGAAGCACAAGCAAAACCUGGCUAACCCGCCCAGGAAGCAUGAUGACGAGACGACGUCCGUGAUGAGCUCGACGUUUUCUCUCGGCGAGCCAGCGUCUGCUGCGGGUGAGGAUGUCGACUCUGCUGCUGAGGACGAGUUCAACCAAGUGAUUGAGGGCCUCCAAAGGGCAAAGGUUACUGAGCAGCGACCCUCGCCCGUGAAGCGGCCGUCAAACCCCCACCCCACUGCCGAGGGCGAAAACACCAACACCGAAUCCACUCCGACGCCUGUUCAAUCUGGAUCUGACCGAGUGUGGACCCUCAAUACCUGCGUCAUCUGUAACUACGAAUCCUCUUCGCCCGUCCUGAAUACUCAGCAUAUGGAGCGCAGUCACGGAAUGUUCAUCCCGGAGAAGGCGUACCUCGUCGAUCUGGAGGGCCUCAUCCGGUAUCUGCAAGAAAAGGUCGGCGAGGAUCACCAGUGUCUCUACUGCGGCAAGUACAAGAACGGCCUCUUUGCUGUGCAGACUCAUAUGAGAGACAAGGGCCACUGCAAGAUUCCAUACUCCACGGAUGAUGAUCAGCUGGCCAUUGGCGACUACUACGAUUUCAGAAGCACCUAUUCCGAUGGAGAGGAUGACGACGAGUCGGACAGCGGCUCGACGGAAGACGGCAAUGGAGGAGCCAAGCUGGGCGGACGACGGGAGACCAAGGCUACCGGCGAAGACGGAGAAGAGCUGGAGGAGGGAGAAGACGCCGAUGGCUGGGAGACUGAUAGCUCGGCUUCAUCUCUUGACUCGGAGGACUUGACUGCAGUUCCCGCCGAAGGCCACAUCCACCAGUUUGAGCGGCUGAGCAAGCACGCCCACCACAGCACAAACGGCACUCAGAAUCAUCACCAGGCUGACGGAUGGCAUUCCAAGGCCCACAAGCACACUCGCGCGGCCUUCUACGACGAGUUCGAGCUGCAUCUACCGUCUGGCAGAUCAGUGGGCCACCGUUCGUUGAACAGAUACUACCGGCAAAACUUGUGGAACCACCCGUCGGCAGAGGAGCGCGAAGAGCAGCUGCUGCUCGAGGCUGCGCGGAACGAGGACGGCGUCGAGCCCAACAGCGAGAGCCAAGUCGCCGUCAUCAAGAACCGCAGACGCGAGAUGGCUCCCCGUGGUACCAUUGGCAUGGCUGGUGUCCCCGAUGCGGUGAAGCGCUCGGUGCGCAGGGACGUGCAGCGCAACCGGGACGUGGAGCAUUAUCGGGCCAGGAAGACGGAGUGGUCAUAUUCGAAGAAGCAAAACAACCAGAAGUACUACUACUACCGCGAGAACGGCGGUGGUUAG